UCGCUUACUCAGUUGCCCGCCGCCCGUCCAGAUGUCUCGACUGUAUCCCGCGUCGGUGGUGCUGUCGCUGCUGCUGGUGGCGCUGUUGUUGCUGAUCCACCAUCACGGCACAGAUGCUAGAGUCACGCAGACAAUGCCCAGAAUUUGUUACGAGCUGCCUCCACGUUCCGAGGGUGUUUGUGCCAUAUCAGUCGAGGGUUACUACUAUGACUCGUCCCAUCUGGAUUGCAUUAGCUACAAUAUUGGGGCCUGCCACCUGACCGUAGGCCAGACUUUCGGUAGCCAGCAGGACUGCAUCGCCACGUGUAUCCAAGGCAACAGUCGCAACCAGGACUUGUAUGUGAACGAGUAGCAUAAAUAAAUACGUAAACAAAUGAAA